AUGGGCAUCACCGGAUGCGGUGAUGCUAGGCUCAGAGCUUUCAGUCAGUCAUCUAUUCGUGAUCAAGCAGCUACUUGCAAAAAUGCUGGAGUUCGCAAGUCUUCGCUUGCAGAAACUCUGUCCACAUCCAGACUGGGCAGCUACUACAGACAGCUACCACAGACAGCUACCAGAGCAACUACCGCAAUUUCUCGUCUCUGGCGACGGGGGCACCGUCAAACUGCUUAUUCUUUCAUUCUCCGCCUUCGUAUUAUCCUCUUGCCUUUGUUGAAGUUCUCGCUCACUCGUAGUAGUUUACAGCCUCGUGCGAAUCCCAGUGCAGAGAAAGUCCGCGGGGUCAACCUCGGUGGCUGGCUUGUUCUUGAGCCUUGGAUUACCCCAUCAUUGUUCGAUGAAGCUGGCGACGAAGCCGUCGAUGAGUAUACGUUGACCGAGGUUUUGGGCGUUGAGGAAGCUGCGGCUAGGCUUUCAGAGCAUUGGAACACUUUUAUCACAGAGGAAGACUUCGCGCUUAUUGCUGAGGCAGGUUUGAAUUAUGUUAGAAUCCCCAUCGGUUAUUGGGCAGCCGCACCGCUUGAUGGCGAACCGUAUGUCUCCGGCCAACUCGAGCACCUUGAUAAUGCCGUUGCCUGGGCGAGAGCUCAUAAUCUCAAAGUCAUUGUGGAUCUUCAUGGCGCACCGGGAUCGCAGAACGGAUUCGACAACAGUGGACGCAGAGGACCUAUUGGGUGGCAACAAGGAGACACCGUUGAGCAGACAAUUCUUGCUUUUGAGACCUUGGCCCAAAGGUAUUUAGCGGACGACGAUACCGUAACGAUGAUUGAGGCCCUAAAUGAGCCCCAUGUUCCUGGCGGCAUCAACCAGGACCAGCUCAAGGAUUACUACGAAGAGACCCUGGCAAGGGUGCGGAAGAACAGUCCCGAAGCGACCCUGCUCCUGCACGAUGGGUUCGUGCAAACGGAAGGCUGGAAUGGUUUUAUGACUGGAGAGAAUGUUAUGAUGGACACCCACCACUACGAAGUUUUCGAAGGCGGCCAGAAUGCGUGGAGCAUUGAAAAGCAUAUUGAUGCCGCUUGCCAACUCGGACGUCAGCAUCUACAGGCUGCCGACAAGCCUGUUAUAGUGGGCGAGUGGACAGGAGCCCUGUCAGAUUGUACUAGAUAUCUAAACGGAAAGGGAAUUGGAAUCCGCUACGACGGUACGUUGGGUUCGAACACAGCAGUCGGCGCUUGCGGAAGUAAGAGUGAGGGUAGCGUGGCUGGCCUGAGCGCAGAUGAGAUCGCGAACACACGUCGCUUUAUCGAGGCUCAGCUGGACGCAUUCGAGCUGAGAAAUGGCUGGGUGUUCUGGACCUGGAAAACCGAAGGAGCACCCGGUUGGGAUAUGCAAGAUUUGCUUGCAAACGGCGUCUUCCCUCAACCCUUGACUGACAGAGAGUUUCCAAACCAGUGCAACUUCUAA